AUGGGCAGAAGAGGGGAUGCAAUAAUCCGAAAAUGUUCAUCAGGUAGAUAUUAUGAAAGACAAAAUGCCACAAAAUGGCUCAAAGAGUUAGGACUUAAGCUUCCAAAGAUGAUGCGUGAUAUGUUUGUUGGCUUGUGCAAUCAUACAAAUUGGGAUAUGGGCAAAAUGAACAAGAUAGAAACAAUUGGAUACAUCCAUGGCGGAUCAGUUUUAAUGGUUUUAAUGAUUAUGACAUUAGAUCUUCCAGCUGGUUAUAUAGCUCGUAUCACUAAGAACGAACUCUAUCACAUACCAGAAGAUAUUGGGUCUUUCAGUGAAGCAAUAAAAUUAAUUACAGCGGUUUGGAGGAGCAAGAUGCGAGUUACUCGAACUAUGAGAUUAUUACACCACACUGAAAAGAUGAUGUUGUUAGUGUUCUGA